GCUACAUAUGCAUAUGCAUGAGGCACGGUCAUGAUUCUACUAGGAGACUGCCUAAUGUUUUUCUGGUUUUCGAUACCAUCUCGUCGACAAUCGAAAAUAAUGGCACCAUCGUGACACCGGCUUCACUCCAAUUGAAGCGGAUUUGCUAAGCUUAUUUAAUAAUCAGUCUGCUAAGGGGUCGAAAGCGUCCUGGUGACUGGCUGGCCAAGUAGCCAAGUAGUGGCUGUGUAUGCUGUGCCGUGCGGCUCCAUGUAUUAUGCCCGAAUCUGGUCUAGCUACGUAGUAGGCAUCUACGACAAGGGUCACGAUCCACCGCUAAUUGGGCUGAGAUUGAAUUUCUAGGACUCGCAGGGGCUAAAUUGCAGCUAAUAUACUAGGGCGUGUCCCCAGGGCUGAGAGAAAAAGUUGAUCGCAUCCAACCUUAGGCCAUCGUUGCCAACGUCACUGAAAUUCGUCUCGUUGAUCUGUGAAGAGCGUGUUGGCAGCUAUUACAUUCGUUUAUAACUUACCUUUUGUCGCUCAUUUUGGUACCUAACGUGGAUAUUCUAUUGUAACGUCAACAUGGCGAAGAUUCCGUCUAAUCCCCUGGCUCGUCUACUGCUAGCCGCCAAUGGCGCGCUCGCAGGUCUUACUGUUGAUGUUGAAGAUGCAGCUUCUGUCAGAGCAGCGGCGGCUCUAGUGGCGGAGGAUCUCAUGACUUAUUACCCCGGAAAUACGCCAGGAGAACCUAUUGGAAUCCUCUCUGCACCUCCAGAUGGAGACUAUUACUGGUGGACUGGUGGUGCUCUUUGGAGUUCGUUAUUGGACUACCGUAAUCGCUCGGGAGAUACGAAGUACGACCAGGACAUCUCGCAGGGCCUCAUAUUCCAGAUAGGCCCCAACGAUAACUAUAUGCCCCUUAACUGGACUUCCAGUAUGGGCAAUGAUGAUCAGGCCAUCUGGGGUCUUGCUGCCGUCGGGGCUGAGGGAAUUGGUUUCCAAGAACCGGGCCAGGAUAACCCGCAGUGGCUGACAUUGGCUAAGAACGUUUUCGAGAACCUCCACUCGGACGAUCGACGAGUCGAUGAUGGUGACUGCGAUGGGGCUCUGAGGUGGCAGAUAUUCCCGUCUAACAAUGGUUACAACUAUAUUGCCGCUAACGCUAACAUCUUCUACUUCAACAUUGCUGCUCAGCUGGCACGUAUAACUGGUAACAAGACAUACGAGGAUGCGGCCAAAGAUGCAUACGAUCUGCUUGAAGAUAUUGGCUUCAUCAGUGACAAAUACGACGUCUAUGACGGGGCACCAGCGCAGAACUGCAAGUCCCUCAACAAGGGGCCAUUCUCAAUCAACGCCGCGAUGCUCCUUCAGGGUUCGGCAUUUAUGUACAAUCAUACCAACGGAAAUGACGACUGGAAGAAGCGCGUCGACGGACUCGUCUCCCGAACCCUCGAGGUUUUCUUCCCUAACGGCGUCGCAGUCGAAACUGCAUGCGAGUUAAAGAACUUGUGCACAACGGACAUGCUUUUCUACAAGUCCUUCCUUCACCGAGGUCUCGGCUCGACCAUCCAGCUGGCACCGUACACCUCCGCUAAAGUUCUCCCCGUGCUAAAAUCCAGCGCCAAGAGCGCCGCGGCGCAAUGCACGGGCGGCAGCAGUGGUCGCCUCUGUGGCUUCCACUGGAGCUCCGGCCAAUUCGACAACAAGACAGGCCCCGCCCAGCAGAUGGGCGUGCUAAGUGCCCUAACCAGCAUCCUGCCUGCUCAGGGUUCCGUCGCUGGAAAUACUACUACCACCGGCAGCGGUAGCAGCGGAACCUCUCAGGGCACUACUUCGUCAGACACGCCGGCUGGCAAUGCUGGAACACAGACCGCUGUAACCUUGGGCGGUAUGGUGUUAAUAGCCUCCCAGAUUUUGGGAAGCUUCCUCAUUUAGAGAGCUUGGAUUCGUACUGCGUAUACCCGUAUAGUUUAGCAUUCUACUUGUACUUAAAUCGUUGCAUCAGACAUAUCCGCAUAAUAUAGCCACAAAAGCAUUAGAACUUUCUUCGUUUGAAAA